UUGAGUGCCAAAUCUCCCGCCAAAACCAGAGAGCCAAAUUACCGAAGGCUUCGAGGGGAGAAAGGAAACCUCGCAAGGCCAGGCUCAGAUACUGAUCAACAGAGCAAAAGCAUGAGCGUGAGCAUGGGUAUGGACUACGCCUCCAUAGACUCGAGCGGCUACUGGGACGUCUUGACCUCCUACUUCCCCCAGCAGUUAUUCCCGGCCGUCGAAGAAAGUUGGCUCAAGCUCAUUUCUGAGCUCUUUUGCUUCUUUUCUACUCCACCAGGCCAAGAUCUCGCUUCUCAGGUUAAAGAUGAUGAUGGUGUCUUCGUUUUGUCAAUGGACUUUCAACAAUUUCAAAAAAUAUGUGGGAUUGAGGAAUUUUACUUAAUGUUGGAGGAUAAACCUAAAAUAGCUCUCUUGUGUAUGAGUGCUGCAAUUCACAAGGUUCUGUUGACCAAAUGGGAGAAGAAGAAUGUGGAGAAUGGUGUGAAAGUUAAAAUACAUCUCCACAACUACCCUGAAAUUAUGAUUGCUCUAAAGAACUUAAAAGCGGCUUAUAUUGGUGAGUCUUAA